CGCUGAAACUUUGCCUCGCCGGGGACCGCGCGCCCGCAGCGCGGCCGCUCCCGCAGCGGGGGCCGCCCGCCGGGCCGCCUCCGCCGAGCCGCCCUCCGGGCCGCCCGCGCCGCCCGGGCCCCGCGGCUGCCGCAGCGUUCCCGGGAAGAGCAGAAUGACUGAGAACAUGAAGGAGUGCUUGGCCCAGACCAAGGCAGCUGUAGGGGACAUGGUGACUGUGGUGAAGACAGAGGUCUGCUCACCACUCCGCGACCAGGAGUAUGGCCAGCCCUGCUCUAGGAGACCAGAGUCCUCAUCCGUGGAAGUUGGGCCCAAGAAACUGAAGGGCAAGCGUGACCUCAUCAUGCCCAAAAGCUUCCAGCAAGUGGACUUCUGGUUCUGCGAGUCCUGCCAGGAAUACUUUGUGGACGAGUGCCCGAACCAUGGUCCCCCUGUGUUUGUGUCUGACACGCCCGUGCCUGUGGGCAUCCCAGACCGAGCAGCCCUCACCAUCCCACAGGGCAUGGAGGUGGUGAAGGAAGCCAGUGGGGAGAGCGACGUGCGAUGCAUAAAUGAGGUCGUCCCCAAGGGUCACAUCUUUGGCCCCUAUGAGGGGCAGAUAUCCUCCCAGGACAAAUCAGCUGGCUUCUUCUCCUGGCUGAUUGUGGACAAGAACAACCGCUACAAGUCCAUAGAUGGGUCAGAUGAGACUAAGGCCAACUGGAUGAGGUACGUGGUCAUCUCCCGGGAGGAGAGGGAGCAGAACCUCCUGGCGUUCCAGCACAGCGAGCGCAUCUACUUCCGGGCGUGCAGGGACAUCCGGCCUGGGGAGCGGCUGCGGGUUUGGUACAGCCAGGACUACAUGAAGCGCCUGCACAGCAUGUCCCAGGAAACCAUCCACCGCAACCUGGCCAGAGGAGAGAAGCGGUUGCAGAGGGAGAAGUUUGAGCAGGCUCUGGAUAGCCCAGAAGACCUGAGGGGUCCCAUUCAGCUCCCCGUGUUGAGACAGGGCAAAAGUCCCUACAAGCGUGGCUUUGACGAGGGGGAUGUGCACCCCCAGGCCAAAAAGAAGAAAAUUGACCUCAUUUUCAAGGACGUGCUGGAGGCGUCCCUGGAAUCUGCAAAUGUAGAAGCCCGCCAGCUGGCACUGAGUACCUCACUGGUCAUCAGGAAAGUCCCCAGGUACCAGGACGAUGCCUAUAGUCGGUGUGCAGCAACCAUGACCCAUGGCAUGCAGAACGUCAGCCGGACCCAAGGGGAAGGGGACUGGAAGAUCCCCCAAGGGGUGGCUAAGGAGUCAGGACCACUGGAGGAUGAAGAAGAGGAGCCUACAUCGUUCAAGGCCGACAGUCCUGCUGAGGCCUCGCUUGCCUCGGACCCUCAUGAGCUGCCCACCACCUCCUUUUGCCCUAACUGUAUUCGCCUGAAGAAGAAGGUCCGGGAACUCCAGGCAGAACUAGACAUGCUUAAGUCUGGGAAGCUGCCUGAGCCCCCGGUUCUGCCACCACAGGUACUGGAGCUCCCCGAGUUCUCAGAUCCUGCAGCCUCAGAGAGCAUGGUCUCCGGCCCCGCCAUCAUGGAGGAUGACGACCAGGAGGUCGAUUCAGCAGAUGAAUCUGUCUCCAAUGAUAUGAUGACUGCGGCCGACGAGCCCUCUAAGAUGUCCUCUGCCACAGGGCGCCGAAUCCGGCGCUUCAAGCAGGAGUGGCUGAAGAAGUUUUGGUUUCUGCGGUACUCCCCAACCCUGAAUGAGAUGUGGUGCCAUGUCUGCCGCCAGUACACGGUGCAGUCCUCCCGCACCUCGGCCUUCAUCAUCGGCUCCAAGCAGUUUAAGAUCCACACGAUUAAGCUGCACAGCCAGAGCAACCUGCACAAGAAGUGCCUGCAGCUGUACAAGCUACGCAUGCAUCCUGAGAAGACGGAGGAGAUGUGCCGAAACAUGACCCUGCUCUUCAACACCGCCUACCACCUGGCCCUCGAGGGCAGGCCCUACCUGGACUUCCGGCCCCUGGCCGAGCUGCUGCGGAAGUGUGAGCUCAAGGUGGUGGACCAGUACAUGAACGAGGGAGACUGCCAAAUCCUCAUCCAUCACAUCGCCCGGGCGCUCCGAGAGGACCUGGUGGAGCGCAUCCGCCAGUCGCCUUGCCUCAGCAUCAUCCUGGAUGGGCAGAGUGAUGACCUGCUGGCCGACACAGUGGCCGUCUACGUGCAGUACACCAGCAGUGAUGGGCCCCCAGCCACAGAGUUCUUGUCCCUGCAGGAGCUGGGUUUCUCCAGCACGGAAAGUUAUCUUCAGGCACUUGACCGGGCCUUUGCUGGCCUGGGCAUCCGACUGCAGGAUGAGAAACCGACUGUUGGCCUGGGCGUGGACGGAGCUAACAUCACCGCCAGUCUGCGGGCAAGCAUGUUCAUGACCAUUCGUAAGACGCUGCCUUGGCUGCUGUGCCUGCCCUUCAUGGUGCACCGGCCACACCUGGAGAUCCUGGACGCCAUCAGCGGGAAGGAGCUGCCCUGCCUGGAGGAGCUGGAAAACAACCUGAAGCAGCUGCUUAGCUUUUACCGCUACUCACCGCGCCUCAUGUGUGAGUUGCGCUCCACGGCCUCCACCCUCUGCGAGGAGACUGAGUUCCUGGGGGACAUCCGCGCUGUGAGGUGGAUCAUUGGUGAGCAGAAUGUCCUUAAUGCCCUCAUCAAGGACUACUUGGAGGUGGUGGCCCACCUCAAGGAUGUCAGUAGCCAGACGCAGCGGGCUGACGCCUCGGCCAUCGCCUUGGCUCUGCUGCAGUUCCUCCUGGACUACCAGUCCAUCAAGCUCAUCUACUUCCUGCUGGACGUGAUCGCUGUGCUUUCACGCCUGGCGUACGUCUUCCAGGGCGAGUACCUCCUGGUGUCCCAAGUGGAUGACAAGAUUGAAGAGGCCAUCCAGGAGAUCAGCCGGCUGGCUGAUUCCCCUGGAGAGUACCUGCAGGAAUUUGAAGAGAACUUCCGAGAGAGCUUCAAUGGCAUCGCCAUGAAGAACCUCAGGGUGGCCGAAGCCAAGUUCCAGUCCAUCAGGGAGAAGAUCUGCCAGAAGACCCAGGUCAUCCUGGCACAGAGGUUCGAUUCUCGCAGCAGGAUCUUCGUAAAAGCCUGCCAGGUGUUCGACCUGGCUGCCUGGCCCAGGAGCAGCGAGGAGCUCAUGACCUUCGGCAAGGAGGACAUGGUGCAGAUAUUUGACCAUCUGGAAGCCAUCCCUACCUUCUCCCGGGAUGUCUGCCGGGAAGGGCUGGACCCCCGGGGAAGUCUGCUGAUAGAGUGGCGGGAACUCAAGGCUGAUUAUUAUACCAAAAAUGGCUUCAAAGACCUCAUCAACCAUAUCUGCAAAUACAAGCAGAGGUUUCCACUCUUAAACAAGAUCAUCCAGGUCCUUAAAGUCCUCCCCACCUCCACCGCCUGCUGCGAGAAAGGCCGCAAUGCCCUCCAGAGGGUCCGCAAAAACCACCGCUCCCGCCUGACCCUGGAGCAGCUCAGUGACCUAUUGACAAUCGCUGUAAACGGACCGCCCAUCGCCAACUUUGAUGCCAAGCGGGCGCUGGACAGCUGGUUUGAGGAGAAGUCUGGCAAUAGUUAUGCACUGUCGGCCGAGGUCCUCAGCAGGAUGUCAGCACUGGAGCAGAAGCCCGUGCUGCAGACCCUGGACCAUGGGUCUGAGUUCUACCCAGACAUGUAGGGAGCCCGCGCUGCAGAGUUCACUAAGCUGUUGAAUAUUUUUUUAAUCUAUACUCAUAAGCUUUGAUAUAUUAUAUAAAUAUAUUAUAUUAUAUAUAUAUAUAUAUAUAUAAACCCACACUGAAAAAUUUUAAAAAACCAAGGUGACGCAUCCACCGGAAGCUACUGGGAGCUUUCAGGAAGGAAUAAUGUUGGAAACUGACUUUUGUCUACAUUUGGCAGCUUCAAACCUACGUGGCAACUCAUUUCACUCACAGAAGCACGUGCAGGGGUCACGUGUAUUUCCACCUAACGGUCAACCAACAACAUAAGCUAAACUGACGGGUCUGUCAUCACCUUUAGGUAGCUCGUUUUGUCUUUGUUUUCAUUUGGGGAUCGAGGGGGCUUGGGGUUGCAGUAUGGGAUUAUGUUCUUGCCUUUGCUUUCUUCAUAUGGUUUUAUGAUUGGGGGGUUGGGGGGAAGGUGUUUGCCUACUCAUGGAUGUUCCUAUCUGAUUGCAUCAGCUCUCUGGUUCCCACAGGGUGGGUUGUGCACCUGGACUGGAGGGUCUGGUCUUUCCUUCUUCCCCACCUGACUUCAGCUUGAGAGAUUUUUAUUCAUAUGCGAUGAGGAUUUUCUUUCGUUGUCCUACAAACAUAAGUUUCAGUCAAACUGUGAACCCACCGCCCCUCCACCAAGGCCACCUGAAAUCAGUUGGUGGUCAGUUCCCUCCUUCCAGACCCCUGGAGACUAAAGAUAUCACCUGUUACACUGAAGGCAACCUUGCCUUAUGACCGAGCUUGAAAUCUGGGGGAAGGGAGAAGGCGUGAGCUUUCUGCAUUCUUGUUUUUACAUGGUAGAGGGUAAAACAAUACAAUUCUAUUCAGAUCUAGUGCCAUUGGGAAAAAGAAGAAAAGCCAAGAAAUCCAGACCCCAAUAGGGCAGUGAUUUUUUGGCUAAAAACAAGUAAAAUGAAAAGUAUAUAUUCAAUUUACAUGAAUUAUUUAUACUUUGUCUUUAUAAUCAUUUAAGUGUUGGGGGUAUUUUGUUUUCUUUUACUGAUAAGAAGUACCUGCUAUGUGGUUCAAGGGCAGGAGCUGUCAGUGCGAGUUGUGCCCUGGGUUUGGCAUAACUCAAAUGAGAGUCCCCAGAGAGGUCGUCCUCCUUUUGCCACAAGGCUGACGACAUGCUCACGGCCUGGCAAGAAGGUCGUGAGAGACUGGGCCAUGUUUCUACACCUGUGAACUCUUCCUUUUUUGAACAGGGUAGAGAUGUCCUAAAGAAAAGGAGAAAACAGGAAGUAAGACAAGUUCUCAAGACACCAACCACACACACACACACACACACACACACACACA